AUGACGGGUCUUAUGAUAACGGUUGUGAUCGUAUCGCGUAUGCUGCGUGUUGCCCAUACGGACGUCGCUUCUGAGUAUUUGCUGUCGAGGGUGACCGCGGGUCGGCUCGCGCUCCCCGACGGCGGCGCGAAGCUGUCCGCGCAGGUGCGCAAGCUGCACGCACAGCUGCAGCGGGUCGAGUCGCUGCUAGCGGCGCACGCGGCGCAGCAGGCGGCGGGAGAUGCGGACGAGCAGGAAGCGGACAGCGCGAGUGUCGCGUUUAGGGUUUCAGGGAGGAGAGAGAGUGGGGGAGGGAACGUGAACGGUGAUGCUGCUGCUGUUACUGCUGCUUCCUCUGGUGGUGGCGGCAUGAGAGGGGAUGGGGGAGAGGCGAUGAUGGGGAGGAUGGUGGAGGAUGGAGCAUAUUCCACGACGAGUCGUGUGGCGAGGCGGGAGGGUGAGAUGAUAGGAGGGGACGGCGGAGCAGCAGGAGAGGAUGGCAUGAUGCGAGGGGAAGGCGGAGUUGGAGUGGUGGAUAGGGCUGCAGGGGAAGGCAGAAUGGCAGAGGUGGUGGUAGAAGGGGUGGGUGAUAGCAGCGGACUUGUGUCAACCGUUGCUGUUGCUGCAGUUGCUGCAACGCCCCUUACCAGCGCUGCCUCUGAUUCUGUGGACGCUGCUGGUGCUGCUGCUACAUCGGCAGCCGGCGGAGCAGAAGGGGUGGCGGAAGAAGCAGAGCGCAAGGAAAACGCAGAGCACCCACACACAGCGCAAGCAGAGGAGUGGAGGAGGGAGAUUUACAGGUACAGAGACCCAGGUGCAGACAACCAAGGGGAUAGCACAGGCUCAUUCCUCGAAACCUCCAUAAAACCUUCCCUCAAGCCAUCUAUUAAGCCAUCCUCUGGGUCAGCUGCAUCGGUGCGCACGCGCACGUCGUCUUUCCAGCCGUCCUGCUCGUCGGCUGCCAUGCGCCGCCUCUGGUCGCUGCACCGCGCCGUGGAAACCACCAUCGACGACCCCGCGCUGGAAGCUGCGGGCCGGGUGGAACAAGGCAUGGGUGCAGGCAGUGCAGGAGGUAUAUGCAGCGCGGGUCGUGCCGGGAGUGCAUGGAUCGGAGGGAGCGGUGGGGGUGAAGGGAACAGAGGGAGUGCAGGGAGUGCAGGGAGUGCAGGAAGUGCAGGGACGAGGGUGUCUCUCCCUGCUGGGUCCAGUGCCCCUCGAGUGGGGUCGGAUGGGCGGAUGUAUCGGCUGCACAAUGGCAAGCUGGAGCGUGGGGGGGCAGAUAAAAAGAUUUCGCCGGAAGGCGUUUGGGCAGCCCGGGAGAAGGUCAGGAGGGACUUGAUGUGGGAGGCGGAGCGCGCAGCUGCCCGGCUGGGCAGGGUGUUAAGGAUCGGUGAUGGUGAUGGUGAUGGUGGUGGUUGUGGUGGUGGUGGUGGUGAUGGGGGGGAUGAUGGUGGCAGGGCUGCUGUGCAGAGUGCUCAGCUCAAUACUUCUCAGAAUAUGACAGAAGUGGUUGCUGUAGCCGCUGGGGCUGCUGAGGCUGCUGAAGGGUCUGGGGCUUCUGCGGCUGCUGGGACUGCUGUGGCGCCUGCGCGGUGUGCUCGAGUGAUAUCGGUGCUGGAGGCGGCUCAGCUGCUGGCGGAGCAACGCACGCGUAUUCGGGAACAUGAAGAAAAGAUAAUGGCAUUAGCAGCAGCAGGCGCCCCUGAUUUAAAGAAUGGGGUGGACUUGGAUCCCGCUCAUGACGACGAUGGCUGCCCACUGCUGGAGCGGGUGCACGUGCGUGCGGGCGGGCAUGGGUCCGCAGCACCAGGCUGCUGUGGCGACGCCGCCACUCCCUGUGGUACGUGCCUGCUCCACCAAUUGAGCCUCCCCCAUAUAAGCCUGAGCUUUGCAUCUGUGCACGUGUGUGCGGGCGUGCACGGGUCUGCAGCACCAGGCUGCUGUGGCGACGCCGCCACUCCCUGUGGUACGUGCCGCCACUCCCUGUGGUACGUGCCGCCACUCCCUGUGGUACGUGCCGCCACUCCCUGUGGUACGUGCCGCCACUCCCUGUGGUACGUGCCGCCACUCCCUGUGGUACGUGCCGCCACUCCCUGUGGUACGUGCCGCCACUCCCUGUGGUACGUGCCGCCACUCCCUGUGGUACGUGCCGCCACUCCCUGUGGUACGUGCCGCCACUCCCUGUGGUACGUGCCGCCACUCCCUGUGGUACGUGCCGCCACUCCCUGUGGUACGUGCCGCCACUCCCUGUGGUACGUGCCGCCACUCCCUGUGGUACGUGCCGCCACUCCCUGUGGUACGUGCCGCCACUCCCUGUGGUACGUGCCGCCACUCCCUGUGGUACGUGCCGCCACUCCCUGUGGUACGUGCCGCCACUCCCUGUGGUACGUGCCGCCACUCCCUGUGGUUGCCCCCAUCAGGCGGCGCCCUGCUUCUCUCCCCGGGCACUCACCGCCUUCCCACUACCGUUCUUCCACACGAGCACCCAACCAUGCUAACCCCACGUCCUUGCUCACCCAUGCUCAUCCAUACCCACCCUCCUUCCCAGGUUGCCCCCAUCAGGCGGCGCCCUGCUUCUCUCCCCAGGCUCCCACCGCCUUCCCACUGCUGGUCUCUCCCCUCGGUGCCCGAUCCAUCUCCCUCCUCACCGCUCUCCCCGUCCUCCCCUCCCUCCCUCCCAACGAUGUUCCCUUUGCUCAUCCAUGCUCGCUCCCCCCAGGUUGCCCCCAUCAGGCGGCUCCCUGCUUCUCUCCCCGGGAUCUCACCGCCUUCCCACUGCUGGCCUUUCCAUCGGUUGCCCCCAUCAGGCGGGUCCCUGCUUCUCUCCCCGGGCUCUCACCACCUUCCCACUGCUGGCCUUUCCAUCGGUUGCCCCCAUCAGGCGGGUCCCUGCUUCUCUCCCCGGGCUCUCACCGCCUUCCCACUGCCGGCCUCUCCCUCGGCGCAAGAUCCAUCUCCCUCCUCGCUUCCCUCCCCUCUCCUUCUUCCAACCCUCCGCCUCCCUCUCCUCCUCCUCCUCUUCUUCGUCCCUCUCUUCCUGCUGUCCCCGCUGCUGCACCAAUUAUUGAUUGUGGAGGGGGGGCUUGUCUCUCUGCCAUUUGCGAUCCAGCCACUGCCGUGGUGCCAUGUGGCAGCGCGCAAUUGGUCCUCGCAGGGAUCACCGUGCGGAACGGCCGGGCCGGCGCGCCACGUGGCGGCUGCCUAUCGGUCGAGAACCAGGCCGUCCACGUCAGCAACGCGUCCUUCGCCGGCUGCUCUGCGGCCAGUCACGGCGGCGCGAUUUCGGUCCUCAACGCGCCACGUGUCACGCUCUUGCGCGUCCACGUCAGCGCCUCAACCGUCUCAACUCCCGCAGGAGGUGGCGGGGGCGUGGCGUUUCGGAACGUGACUAUAGCGAGCGUGACAGACUGCUGGUUCGAGGGGUGUACGGCGAAGGCCGGUAUCGGGGGAGGUGUUUACUGUGAAGCCAGUGGGUUGGAGGUGCGGGGAGGAGGAUUCUCGCGCUGCUCUGCUGAUGCGAAUGGAGGCGGGCUGGCAACUAGCGGGUGCUCAGGGCGCAUUGAUGGCGUCAGCUUCUCCGAUAAUAAGGUGUGUGUGGUGAUGUGUGUGUGUGGGGAUGGGUGCACGGGGAUGGAUGAGCGUGUGAUGAUGCCUGGAGGGGGGCUGGCGAGUAACGGGUGCUCAGGGCGCAUUGAUGGCGUCAGCUUCUCCGAUAAUAAGGUGUGUGUGGUGAUGUGUGUGUGUGGGGAUGGGUGCACGGGGAUGGAUGAGCGUGUGAUGAUGCCUGGAGGGGGGCUGGCGAGUAACGGGUGCUCAGGGCGCAUUGAUGGCGUCAGCUUCUCCGAUAAUAAGGCCACCAUCGGCGGCUGUAUGGCAGACACCUCCUCCCCCUCCCUCACCGUUUCUCCUUCCGCUUCUCCUUUCCUCCUCUCUCCCUCUUCCCAUCCCUUCCUCUUCCCCUCCCUUCCUCCCUCCCCCCCCAGGCCACCAUCGGAGGCUGUAUGGCAGACACCUCCUCCCCCUCCCUCUCCUUCCUCCACAGCAUUGACAUCUGAGUUCGCCUUUCCCCUAUUCCCUCCCUCCCAACCCCUCCCCUCCUCCCCAUCAGGCCGCCAUCGGGGGCUGUAUGGCAGACAUCUCACCCCCCUCCCUUGCCGUCUCGCGCUGCUCCUUCCUCUCCUGCCUCGCCGCCAACCCACUCUUCGACCCAUACACCAACUACAUGCGCCUCCCUCUCCCUUCCGUCUCCCCCUCACGGUCUGCCUUUACCACAGCAUUGACAUCUGUGUUCCCCUCUCCCUCCCUCCUCCCUCCCUCCCCCCCACGCCCUCCCACCCUCGUCAGGCCACCAUCGGCGGCUGUAUGGCCGACACCUCCUCCCCCUCCCUCGCCGUCUCGCGCUGCUCCUUCCGCUCCUGCCUCGCCGCCAACCCACUAGCCGACCCCUACGCAACCUACAUGCGUGGCGCCGCCAUCCACGCCAACCACACCUCCUCCCUCUCUGUCUCCCUCUCCUCCUUCCUCAACGGAUCUAGCGCCAUGGGCGGCGCGGGGAUCAUGGCUUUAAGAGUCGCCAACCUCACGGUUACCGCCUGCGCGUUUCGCGGUAACCAUGCGUCAGUCCCAAACGGCGGUGGAGGGGCGGCACUCGAAGGGCAGGACAGCAACGUGACCGUCCGGCACUCCCAGUUUCUCAACAACCUUUCCGAAUCCCCCAUGAUGGCCUUCGGAGGCGCAGUCUACCUCAUAGACUGUCCUAGUUUCGUUUCCAACUGCUCGUUUGUCGGGAACGAGGCGAGGCACAGUACGGACGCGGCGACGAGUCAGGGAGGGGCGCUGCUGCAUUCGUGGGGGAUGAUAAAGGACCCAGCGCGGAUCGAGGUGGAGGACUGUGUGUUUGAGGGGAAUACUGCGCGGUUUAGCGGCGCGGCGAGAUUUGAGAGCGAGACGAUCGUUCGGCGGACGAAAUUCCUCCGCAACUCGGCGACUUUCCGCCUUGCUGGUGCUGCGCUCUUCAUGAUGGAAGCGACAAUAGAGGAUUGCGAGUUCAGCGGCAACACAGUGUUGCACAGUGGAGGGGCCAUCGCCACUGGGGGCGCUGGGGUAACCAACAUCACCCGGACUGCCUUUCUCAACAACACUGCUCUUUCAGCGGAGGGCGGGGCGAUCGUUGUGCAAGAGGGCACCGGAGGCACUGUCCUCGUGUCCCACUCCCUCUUUUUCAACAGCACCCCUCUGCUCUCUGCUCUCUGCUCUCUGCUCUAUCUCGCUCUGCUCUACGUCUCUCCUCUCAACCCGGUCAACCCCCCGUUGCGUCCUGCAGGGCACCGGAGGCACUGUGCUCGUGUCCCACUCGCUCUUUCUUAA